CCUUAAAAAGGAGGAAGAAGAAACAGAAACAACAGGAACGAUGGAGGGGAACCGGGACGAAGCUGAAAAAUGUAUAAAUAUCGCCAUCAGAGCCCUCGACGAUGGCAAUAAAGAUAAGGCUUUUAAGUUCCUCAAUAAAGCAGAGAAACUGUACCCAACACAGAAAGCAAAGGUAUUGUUGGAAGCCUUGCUGAGGAAUGAUAAUACAGCAGGGAAUGGCAGAAAACGAGCUAAUGGAACCGAGCCACAAACCCAAACACGACAUGAAACAGAAAAGCAGGACUCAGAUUCAAUUAAAGGAUUUACCAAGGAGCAAGCUGAAGGUGUACAGAAAAUAAAGAAAUGUAAGGAUUACUAUGAGGUACUGGGUAGCAGUAAAGAUGCAACUGAUGAGGAACUAAAAAAGGCCUACAGAAAACUGGCUUUAAAGUUCCACCCUGACAAAAAUCAGGCGCCAGGGGCGACCGAAGCCUUCAAAAAGAUUGGAAAUGCUUAUGCUGUGCUCAGUAACCCAGACAAGAGGAGGCAGUAUGAUGAGUAUGGUGGAAAUGAACCCAGUAGCCCAACCCAAAGCUCCCACGGAGGCUUUGACUUCCACCGAGGCUUUGAGGCCGAUAUUACUCCUGAAGAUCUUUUCAACAUGUUCUUUGGAGGCGUCUUCCCCUCGCAGAACACGCAUACGUUUGCCAAUGGCAGAGCGCAGUAUAGUCAACAGGCGAACCAAACCAGAGGAGAGAGAGCGGAGGAGAGAGGAGAAGGAGGCUUUUCCAUGUUCAUUCAACUGAUGCCCAUCGUUGUGCUGAUCUUGGUGUCUAUACUCAGUCAGCUGCUGGUGUCCACGCCACCCUACAGCCUGUACUCCAGACCAUCCACAGGACAGACUCUUAGGAGACAAACAGAGAAUCUGCAUGUAGACUAUUACGUCAACCGAGAUUUUAAAUCAGAGUACAAGGGCUCGGCCUUGCAAAAGAUAGAGAAAAGUGUGGAGGAAGACUAUGUUUCUAAUGUGCGAAACAGCUGCUGGAAGGAAAGGCAGACGAAAACUGACCUGCUGUACGCCGCUAAGGUCUACAGGGAUGACCGACUACGGAGGAAAGCUGAGCUCAUGACCAUGGAGAACUGCAAAGAGCUGGACAGAUUGAACGACCUGUUUCGUGGAGGAUGAACCGGAAGCUUAUCGAUAUUUGAGAGACAAAAUAGAUUUAUAUGUUAACAUUUCUUGUUCGGUUGUUUUUUAACAUGAUGAUAGAAGAAAAAUACAUGUAAGCUUACAUUAGAGUUCUUUACCUCACCUUCCACUGGAUUAGGUUUUGCUGUACAUAGCUCAGUUAAUCAACUGGCAGAAAUACUAGAGAUGUGUAUAUGAUAUUCUAUACAUGCUGUACAUAACAUUAUAAUUUCCUAUUUUUGAGUCAGGUUUUAGUUCAAAGCGCUUACGACGUGCAAGUCAUAUAAAUAGUAAUUAUAAUAAAAGUUUUAAUUUAAACAUGUAUUUAAAUGAAUUCAAAGAAAGGAAAAACAGUGCUCAGAAAAUAAAUGCACAGGUUAAUAGGUUUUUUUCAUUCUGGCUAAUUCUUGGGCACACAUGACUACUUCUGUAUGCUGGUUUCUGCUAAUACAGCAGACUUAACCAUGCUUGUGAAACUUGAAUAUUAUCAACUUUAUCCUAAUGAAUUGAUGAUUAAAUGUAUUUUAUAGUUCAUAUUUAACAAGCACAUUCUCAGAUUCUUGGCCAGUACAAUCUAUCAAUAAUGUCUUAAAGUAAUUUCUAUAUAA